AAUGACAGACCGUAUUUAUAUUUUUGAUAUAAAGUGAGUAUCACUGUGUUAUCAGUUAAUAAGUUUUCACCAAAAGAAUUAUGCAAUUUAAGUGUGAUAUGGUUUGUACUUGUAACAAAUAUUUUAUUCAUUAGAUUGAAAAUUAUUAAUAUUAAGGAUCCUAUAGACAUGGAAGGGAAUGAUGACAAGCCUGGUAACAAAAAAUUAUUCAUUAUAACUCCACAAGAAUUAGCAGAACUCGGAGUUCUUAACAAGUUAUCUAAUAAUAAAUUUGAUAAAACAGAUGAGAAAUGUAUUCCAACAACAUCAACAAGCUUUAAUGAACUUGAUUCACUUGCAGUUCUUAAAAGUGCUAUACAGAAAAAAAUGUCUUCAAAUAAUCAAUUAAUGUUCAAAAAACCUGUAGAACCGGAAACUUCUAAAGUGAAAAAGUCACAUUCUGAAAAAUUACUAAAUACAGACAACAAACCUGCAAAAAAAUCUAAUAAAAAAGAUACUGCUAGUAAUAGAGCUCUAGUGCCUAAAAUAAAAAAUAAAUCAGUUAGAAAAAUUGAAAUAGACAAAAAACCCUGUGCUCCUGCUGAUACAAUGAAAAGAAAAAAAAGUGUCAGUGUUUUAAGUAACACAUCUGUUAGUUUCAGUAAGGAAGAUCUUCAUAAAAUUAUCAGUGAGGUUCCUUAUUCAAAUGUAAAUGAUACCUCAACAUCGGAAUGUAAUGAAGCAACUAUUGUUACAAACCCAAUUAAUAAUGAUGCAAGGGAAUAUAAGAAACCUACAAUUGCCAAAAAAACUAGGUAUAUACCAAAUAUUGGCGAUAUCAAAAGGAAGCAAAAUAUAAAACUUCCAAUUGCUAAUAUGAAAAACAUGGAAAAUACAUCAUUAGAUAAUCAAUUACAUUCCUUAGACAAAGUUGAACAAAAAAAUAGCAAUGAAAUAAUAAAAACAGGUAGUAGUGACUCCAAUUUUGAAAAACCUAUAAAUAGUUCAUUGAUGGAUAUUACAACAGAAGAUGACAAAAAUAAAAACUAUAAUAAAAUGCAAAUAAAUAACAAUAAAAAUAAAAAAAUUAGUUCAGACGCCCAUUUCAAAAAAAGUCAUUCUAUUCCUGAUAAUAAUGAAACUAUUGAUACAAAAACUACUAAAGAUGUUGGAAGUUGUUCUGAAAAGAAGCAAGGAAGUAAUCAAGAAACUAAUGAAUCACAUAUUAAUAAGCUUGAAGAAACAGUUUCAGCUUUAGAGGAUGAUCAUUCAAAUGAAUGUGCUGAUAAUAUGCAGAAAAUUGUUAGAAAUGAAGAAAUCUCUAUAGAAAUGUCCAAAAGAGCAAGUGAAAUAUUAAUCACCAAUGAAGUGACAGGACUAACAGAAAAUAUUUCAUCUCAAGAGAUACAAGAACAUCCAUUAACUGAUUUAACCAAAUGUAUUAGAGACACUAUUGAAAACAAAGAAGAUGAAAGCAAUAAAGAGAAAGAUAUAUCAAAUAUUGGCAUACAAAGAACACAUCCUGAAAGUAUUGGUAGCUGUAUGACUGAAAUAGUUCCAGUAAAUAGAAAGAAAGUAGAAGCAAAAGAUGAAACUAUAUUAAAUAGUAGUAUAUUGAGUAAAACAACAGAAUUUUUAAAAAAUACUUUCGAUAAUGUAAGCAAAGAAGAAAAAAUUCCAAAAAAAAGUAUAUCGAGUAGUACUUCCCCACAGACAAGGACUAUUACAAGCAAUGAAGACCAAAUAACACAUCAAUCUGAUGAUGACACAGAAAUAAGUUCCAAAAAUGAUUUAGUAGCAGCCAAAAUUGCCAGUUGUAUAAAAGAAAUAAGUAAAGAAAACAUAUAUCUAAAAAUUCCAGAAGGAAGAAGAGAAACUGAAUUAUUUUCCAAUUUAAUCAACCAGGAUAAUAAAGUAGGAAAAUCAGAAGUUGUUUUAACUGAAGGGACAUUAGAUUAUUUAUUAACUGAUGUUACUUCUAAAGAUGUUAUUGAAAACAUAGAAGAAAAUACUGAUGAAUGUAAAAGUAGUAAACCAAAUAUUGAGUCGCAAGGAGCAUGCUUCCAAAAUAUUGUUUGUUGUGUUAAUGAAAAUGAAAAAGAUGCAGAAAAUAGACUAAAAUUAGGGAUAAAUAAAAAUUGCGGAAAUAGAUUAAGUAAAGCUAACUCUUGUACAAAUAUAUCAAAAGAAACGAUUGACAAAGUAAUAACAAAUGUCGUAAUGAAGUUAACAGAAAGUGAUGACGAACAGUCUCACCGACAACUAUUGAUAGAUGAACCACCAAAGCAUUGUGAAAAUACAACACAUACUUUUAAAUAUACUUCUGAUAAUAUUAGAGAAAAUGUCAAUUUGGUUGAAAGUAAAGAAGAAAAAGAUUCUACAUUGAAUACUAUUACACCAUCAAGUACAGUUAUAAGAAAUGAAGAUCAAAGAGCAAAUCAACUAGACUCUGCAAAUGAAAGAGAUACAAGCCUUAAAAAUGAUUUAGUAACAUUGAAAUUAGUCAGUUCUCCUCUAAAAAUAAGUGAGCCUAAAGUAAUUAAUAAGAAUGAUAACUUGAGUAGUGGAAAUAAUUCAAACCAAUCAAUAAAAGUUGAAAAAAUUUAUAAAAAACCAGAUAUAAUUAAAAACAGAUCAAGGACUAAAACUACAACAUCAAAUCAUCAAGAGGAAAUUGAAACUGAGGAUUUACAACUAUCUAUUGAACAACCUAAAGAAGAAAUCAUCAAAAAGUCAUCAGCUGCAAAUGCAGAGUUGUCAAAAAAUAAAGAUGAAUCAGUUGAUAAAACUACUGCUACAAUAGUCAAGAAAAAAGUUGGAAGACCAAAAAAACACAGAAUAGAUCCAUCAACUACUGCAGAAAAGAUACCAAUACAAUAUAAAUUAUCUGUCGAUAUAAGUAGUGAAGGUAGUAAGGUGAGAAAGUCAAAAAGUCAUAGUGUUUCUGGAACAGAUGAUUAUUUGCAAUGCAAAAAAGAAAAUGAUGAUAAAGGUCCUAGUACUACACGUGGUUCAUCAUCAUCUUGUUUGUUGGUAAAAAGUAGUGAUGAUAAAAACCAAGCUCAACUUUCUGACACUAAUGAACCAAAAAUGAAUUCAUUAGAUGAAAAUGAAUCAAACAAUAAUAAAAAAAAAUCAGUACCUCAUUUGGAGAAAUUGGAUAGUUCGCUUAUAGAUAAUAAAAACGAUGACAUUCCAAAAAAGAAAAGGGGUAGAAAACCCAAAAGUGAACGUUUACCUUCUCCCGUACAAGAAAAAAUUGAUUUACUUACUGAAAUAUCACGAAGCGGUAGAAAACGACUUAAAAUAAAUUAUGUAGAAUUAGAGGGAAAUUACAAUGAAAACAUCCAAACAGAAGGAAAGCGAAAACGUGGAAUUGCAAAUGAAAAAGAUGAAGAAACCACAAAUUCAAAUCAACUAUUGGAUCAACACAGACCAGUAGAAUCGACCCCUACUAGGAAAAGGGGUAGAAAGUCGAAGGUCCCAUCCCCAAAACAAGAGCAAAUUGUAUCAGAAACAUCCCGAAAUAACAAAGAACGUGAUAAUUCUGUUGAGGACCGAGAAGGAAAUUCUAGUGAACUGAAGAAAGAUGUAAAUCGAUCGAAUGAAAACAAUUUAGAAGAUAUUUCGGGAAAAAAGAAGAAGAGGAGGAAAUCACAAUGUCAAUUUGAUCAGUCUCCCAUAGAAAAAAACAAGAAGAGUGAAGAGAAUGUCGAAAAGAACCCAGUUGCAAAUGAACAUGACGAAUUAUUAUCAGUAACAUCUUGUAGGGAAAACAACAUUUUUGAUGCUUCAGUUGGACAGUCGAUUAACUCGGAUGUGAACCAUGUUGGGAAGGAAAAUGUUGUAUGCGUUAUUUGUGAUAAAAAAGUUAACAAAUGGAGAGAUCAUAACGAAAUCGUUCAUAAUAAUCUCGGGUGGAAACAAGGAGAACCUUAUAUAUAUUUAGAUGAUAUUGCGCUAUUAAAGAAGAUAUUGAAUCCUCUGCUUACCAAAAACAAAAGUUUGAUUUGCUUCAAAUGUAAGGCGAGUUAUACGAAAACAACUGAUUUUAUUUUGCAUAAAGAAGAAUGCGAUGGAAUUGUAUGUAAUGGCAACGUUACUUGUGCCGUUUGUAACAAUUUAGUAACGAGAGAAAAAUGGAAAAACCAUAAAUUACAACACAAUAACUUGGCAUGGAGAGUCGGUGAUCCACCGCUGGAUUUAAAAAAUGAAUCUUUGGUUACCUAUAUUUUAAUGGGUCUAUAUAAAGCUAAAAAACCAUUGAAAUGUGAAAAAUGUAAAUUGAAAAAAAAGUCUGUAUUAGGAUUUUUAUCUCAUCAACGACAAUGUGGUUUGACUUUAAGUGAGGCUCAGAUCCCAUGCGAGAUUUGCGGCAAAAAAUGUCUUCCAUCUAGUAUGCCAACGCACAUGAAACAACAACACAAAUCGGACAACGAGGAUACGCCCAACAAAUCCGAUUCCGAUUACUUUCACGUAGAUCUCGAUGCUCCUCUUAGUAAGAGGAGAGCUGCCAAAAAGGCAUUGACUUUACUGGAUCAAUUUUCAAAAGGAGAAAAAUUAGAACACUUCCGAUUCUACGUUAAACAAAUGGAUUUCGAUGAUAACAAAAAGUUGGUAGCAUUUCUAAGUAACGAAUUGGAACAAAAUAAAUCGUUAACUUGUAAAGUAACCGGAUGCGAAUUUAAAUCAGAAACAGUACCACUCUUGUUGGAUCACAUGACUACAUGUCCUUUGAAAUCAGAUGAUUACUACGCUUGCGACAAAUGUUAUUGUAUUUGUUCAACGGAAGACGCGAUAAUUGAACAUUUGAAAUUAGUCCAUGAUCGGAAAGUCAAAUCAGACAUUGAUUACGAGCAAAAUAAUAAAAGUAGCGAUGAAGAGGACAUCGAAACCGAAAAUCUUCUGAGCAGCAAUACAAGAACGAGUUUUAAAGGGAGAAAAGAUCAGAAUAAUUACAAGCCGUUGUUCAUUCUUGAAACUAGCAGGAAAAAUAGCAAAAAACUUACUUUAUAUUCGCACGCCUUCGAAUUUACGUUUGAAUUUUGUCAGAAGCACUUCAGAUCUAAAAAUUUAUUUGAAAAUUUAUAUUCCAAAGGAAUGCACUUGAUUGAUGAACAAAUCGAACAAUAUUUGCCACCGUCGGAUGUAUCAUGUGACGUUGCAAAAAAAAUCGUUAAUGGAUUCGAAAAUGUAUAUUAUAGUGAAUAUAAAUUCAAAAAUUUUGAAUUAUUCGAAACGGAAAUGGGAGACGCAAACGUGACUAUAUUCUGCGGAGGACCUGUCCGGAGUCUCUCUUGGUUACCAACUCCGUACACUUCAUUAAACGAAUUCCAAAUAUUAGCCGUUGCCAUUGGUCAAGAUUUCAACGGUACUUACCGGGUAGAUCAUAAUUACUCUGAACGAACUUUGAUUCAGUUCUGGAAUUUCGGAAUAUUAAAAAAUCGUGUAGAUUUUCAAACACCUAUUUUUGAAUUAGGUAUAAUUUUCGAUAAUGGUCCGAUAUGGCAUAUGGAAUGGUGUCCAACUGGUUGUUUUAAUCCCGAAAAUUCCGACAAAGGAUCUAGAAUGGGACUAUUGGCUGUUGCCAGUUCGAUUAUGCCAGUAAACAUUUAUUCUAUACCGUUUUUGAAAGAAGACGAAAAGGGUUUGUUUUAUAAAUUGAGUCCGGUAAUCAAGUUACAGUUAAUAGCAAAAGAGAGCGAAAUGAAAAGAACAAUUUUUGCUACAAAAAUAUCCUGGAGCAGAGUUUCCGGUUGUACAAGUAUAGCCGUCGGUUAUUCGGACGGUAAUGUCGGUUUAUAUAACCUCAACGUUACUUCUAACUUGAUUAAAUUCAAAGAUCAAAAUUCGAUAGACGUAUUAUUACCUUACAAAAUACUUAAAGCGCACACACAUUUUAUAUCAGUAUUAUCUUGGAUACCAAUCGAAGGUGAUAGACUUUUAAUGACCAGUUCGUAUGAUAAAAAUACGUUCGUGUGGGAUUUACUUACCGAAUACAGAUAUUCAACAAAAAAGAACAAAAUCUCAACGGACGGUACUUGGUUAACGAAUUGGUUAUCUUUUGUUACCGCAAAUGAGGAAGCUACACUUGCUAAUGGUUUAGUUACAUUGACGCAAUACUGUCAUAGGGAAUAUUUAAAUGAAAAUUCCAAAGUCUCAAAUUCUACAGGAGGUACAAUAUUAACGUUAUCAUCUAGCGACUGGUUAAACGGUUUCGUGCAUGCCAAUACAGUUGGAGAAAUUAUAGGAUCAUUUCCACACCAAAUGUUGUUUUGUCAAGAUUUGUUGAAAAAGGGAAUACCUUUCCGAUGCUUGUUGGGUUACACGAAGUUAAUAGAUAAAUCGAAGUCUCCUGAAAAAAGGGCGAUCGUCGAAAAGAAAAAACAGGAAUUUUUGAAGCUUCUACCCAGAAAACGGGCCUAUACUGCGAAAGAUUAUAUGGUAGGUAAAGACCCUUAUGAUGUAUACGAACCUCUUCAAUAUCAAGAAUCAAUAAAUCAAUAUGGCGUACUCUUCUGUGAUAUUAAACCGGGUCACACUCAUACCUUGAAAUUGACUACAUACCAAUCUGAAUAUUCCAAACCUAAUUUAUAUCCUCUCCAAGAAAUAAACAAGAUCAGUUUCAACCCUAAUAGACAAGCAAGUUUGUACUACGCUGCUGGAUACCAAAUCGGAUUUAUUAGAGUCACUUAUAUAAAGAGUUUGGAUACAGAUGCUCAAAUAGAUAAAUCCGAAAAAAGGUAAUCGAAAAAUGAAAAACUAUUAGCAUUGAACGCCUACUGUGGGUUUUAUAACGAAAUUCAAUUAUCAGUGAGAAAAUUUCUUGACGAAAAGAGCUCGUACUCGAGGUGCUACUAAUCCUGAAUAGAUGUUAGUUCUAAAAUUUCUUGAAGAUGGUGGUCUAUUGAAAUAGAUUUAAUAUAAUUCCAUGGAAAAAGUUGAUGAAUAUCCGAUAAGGAUUAAUAUUUAUAUCUUUUGCUUUAUAAUUAACAUUUGCGACAUAUUCUGUGUUUUUAUAAAUACCUUUUUUGUAUCUAUUAUUCUUUUCACUUUUUUUGCUUUUUUAGUAUUUAUUCAAGCAUCGCUUAGAGGGGAGGGGGAUUAUUUAUCUAUUAUGAAACUAUUGACUAGACUAAUUUGUCUUUAAUUUGCUCCAAAAAUUGAGGAUAUUACUUUAUUAUUAUUUGUAUAAUUUAUAGGAGGUAGAGAUUAUUGCCUCACUAAAAACUUAUGGCUUGUAUAUAUAUUUAUUGAUUUUUCAUUUGUAAAGAUUGAAAAUAAAAUUUAUGUCAAAUUGUUU